GAGAGCAAACUUUGGCCCGAGUUUGACUGAUGAAGCAGCGGAUUCUUGUAAGGAAGUGGGCUGCAGCCUGCAGCUUUGGGGAGUGUGUCAUUCUUAAUGGCACACAGCACAGGGGCAUAACAAGGAUGCACUUCAUCCAGUUCACUUCUCUCUCGCAAUUGCAUUUGAAGAUGAUGCGAUUGUUGCUCCUCUGUGUGCUGCUGUCAUCUGCCACUGUUUUUUCUGAUGAGAUUGAAGGAUCAACAUAUGAUGGCCAGGAUGACGAGGAUUCCUUUGAGGAAAACGAGAUGACGGAGGUCCAGGACAGAAAUGAUUCAGGCACAUUUGUUGAUAAAACCAAGGGAGAAGAGGUCACAACAGAUCAACUCACUCUGAUUGUCAUCAUUGGCACUGUAAGUGUGUUGGCGCUUUCAGUUGCAGUAAUAGUUGCUGUAAUGGUUGUAAGACGCCGCAUGCACAAACAGCAGCAAGGGAUUUACUCUGUACCUACCGAGCAGGACCAGAAAGGGGCAGUCUAGUUCCUGGAAAAGAACCGAAUGCGGAGCACACACAUGCAUGCAAGAGCGACUCAGCAGGCAAUAUCAUCUCAUUACAAGGAUUAUGCUUCUUUUAUAGCUCUGUGAAUUGCUCCUACAAAGUCUAUCAAUCCAUAAGUAAUGCUGUUAUAUACUUUUUGUGUGUUCCUGCUGUUUGUACCCAACACAUAACUAAUUUAAGGACGUUUGGAACAUAUUCAAACCUUCUAAUUAAUUGGAUUCUAUUUUGGGAAUCUAAAUUAAAAGGCAAUAAAUAGUUUUAAUGCUUUUUAAAAGGAUAUUUUUUUGCACUGCCCAUGGUGUUUUAUUAGCAGAAAUAAUCUGCACAGCCAAAGAAUAUUUAAUUUGGUACACAUGGAGUAAACCUAUCCAUGUGAAAUUGACUGAGACUAAUUGUGCUAAUCCAAACUAAACCAGCCAAAAGUCCACACUUGCCUCUCUUGGUCGCUUGUCUGACAAUUAUUGUUACUGGCCCAGUAAGACUGACAGCAUGCUGUGGAAUAGAAGAUAAAAUGUACGCAGCCAUCUCCUUAUUCUCUUAACCCCCCCGCCCCUCAAAUGGAAAUUGUCAGGACAAACACCGGCUCUCAAAGCAAAAAAUUAAUUGACUGCUGUGAAUGAGGAUGAUUCAGUUUCUAUUUUUGUUUUGGAAAAUUCUCUCUUCUUGUGCAGCCUGUAAAUAGCCGUGUGACUGCCGAGGCAGGUUAAUGGCUCACAGUCGUUGGAGGAAUGGCCGGGUGUGAAAAUCUCAUGAAUCAAAUAAAGCCUAAUGGACGAUUGGGGAACAAAGCAACAAUCCCUCCAUUCCAUCCACACAGAGCAUGAUGUUUCCCUGCUGUCGUUUUCGCGGAAAUCAAUUAUUCCCUGCGAAGCAAAGCUUUCAUUUCAACAACACGGAGCGUAGGUUAUUUGGGUGGGGGAGGGGGUGACUUUUUGUAGGUUGAAUUGGACGGGGGGGCGCGCCUCUUCAGUUUUUGUUCGCCGUGGAGUGAGAAGCUCUCUGAGAAAGGCAACACGGAAUUAAACUGUGCCUUUGGAAACAAAUAGGAUACCGUUGUGCUUUCCCAUUACACCUUGCCGCACUUUGUCGCCGUGUCAGCAUUUCAAAAGGGACAAUAGAGUUAUUGAUAUUCAACACAUUUCAUUUGCUUCAACAUACAAAUACUCCUCUUCGAACGCUUUUCUGUAGAAAAGGCAAGUCUUGCCUUGUGCAGAACAGGCAAGACAUCAUUUGGCCAAACUCCCAUCAUUCCACAUGAAUCACUUUUAUUUUAGCUGCCAUUACAUAAGCUCGGUCCAAUAUUGGAGCCUUGAAUUUCUUUAAUGUCCAAAAUUCAGAACAUAAUAUUUGCAUUAUAGCUUUAGUCCAUGUAACGCCCUUCUUGUUGAAAGCAUUUGGUUGGUGUGAAAUAUUUACUCAUAUUGUAAAAGGGUAAUUGUCCAUAUUUAUAUAUACUUGUGUAUGUGUCACUUUGUAUGAACAUUUCCAUGUUUUUUUUCCCCAACAAGUAAUUUAAGUACACAAUCCUACAAACAACAUUUAAUAAAGGAGUUAAAAACAUUCUAUCACUUCCUCAUUUAGAACGUGCUGUCCAGCAGUAAACAGAAUUGAUUGUGUUGAUUGUGUGAUCUGUUUUUGGAAUGUACUAGUGUUGUUUUUCUCUCGCACCCAUUCGCAUCGUAUUUGUUGUCAUAGCAAUGUCGAGGUAAAGUGCCAGUCACUCCGGAUGGAUCUCUGAGCUAUAUUCAUUAGCGUCGAACCACGAAGAGAUUCAAAGGCCCUUUACAAACCAGCAUGAAGAUGUCAUGUUGAAAAUGUUCCAGGUUUACUUGCAUAUGAAAUUGAAAUGCUUUGUACAAAAUUGCCAGUCAGACUCUCAUAUAUGAAGACGAGUAAAUGGAAAUAUAUAUUUUUUUUUACUGUAGGUUGACAAAGACAUUUUCAACAAAUUAAAUUCAUUGUCUGGAAAAAAAAACCUUCUACCUAAUUCAACUAAUAACAAGACAGGAUGAAGUUCAUAACGCUAUAUCUCCUUUUCUUUGCUCCAGACUAUAUGACCUGGAAAACACAAAACUGCAUGAUUAUCUUUGCAAACCAUUUACUACACAUCUGAAUGCAUGCCAUUUUUUUGGUAGUAGUAGUAAAGACUCUUAUGAUUUGGAUCAUUUAAUCACUGCAAACGUCUUCGUCAGCAUUCUGUUGUACCCAAGUGAUUGAUUGUGCGUCGGAUGUUCUCCACUGGUGUAAUAGGAAUUGCUCAGCCCUCAGCCCGGCUAUGAUAAAAGCAUCUAGCCUACACGCAUAGUGGAGCUGCAUUUUACAAAACAAAAACAAAUAAAAAC